AUGCACUGCGAGGCAUCUCUAGUCCACCGGGCGCCGGCCGCCGCGGCACCGCGCGCGCGCGGGCUCCGCACGGCCGCAGUUCGGCCCCAGGCCCAGCGGCGCGACCUGCGCUGCCGCUACAAGAAGCCCGAGAAAGACGCGGGCGAGGACGUCGAACUGGCGGUCAACGUCGAGCCCGACGCCGGCUUCUCCGUGAUCCGCAGCGAGCAGCAGCUCGCGAACUUGUCCAGCUUGAGUGUCAGCGAGACGGAGGGCGUUCCGAGCGUUCAGUACACGGUGCUGGAGGUCGACACACACCUGCGCGCGCAGCUGGGCCAGCCGAUCGAGAACCCGCUGCUGCGGAACAAGGUGUACACGGGCACCUUCAUCCGCAACUCCCUCCGCGACGACACGGAUCUGCUCGAGAUCAGCUCGAUUCACACGCCGGGAGUGGCCAAGGUGCUGCGCCGGCGCGGCGUGAACGUGCCGGCGGGCGGGAAGGUCAACGCGUACGCGCACCGCGCCGGCCCGCGCGCGCAGGUCUACUGGGACCCGACCAAGAUCAAGGCCGGCAUCCUGACGUCAGACGGCCUCUGCCCGGGCACGAACGUGGUGAUCCGCGAGAUCGUGCGCUGCCUGGAGGACUACGGCGUCGACGCGGCGGGCGGCAAGAUCCUGGGCAUUCCGUUUGGCUUCAAGGGCCUGGCGGCGAACAGCGUCGCGACCGAGGGGGACCUCAAGCUGCGCCCGCUGCAGCACCGCGACAUGAAGAUGCUGUCGGACCAGGGCGGGUCGUACCUCGGCACCAGCCGCACCGCCAAGCUCGACGACAACGACAUCAAGCGCAUGGUCAAGAACAUCGACAUCUGGGGGCUCGACCACCUGUACAUCAUCGCGGGGCGCUCCGGGUGCAAGGUCGCGGAGAAGCUCUCCAAGGAGCUCAAGGCCCGCGACGUGCAGUGCGCGGUCAUCACCGUCCCGAAGACCGUCGACAACUGCAUGCCGCUGCUCGACCGCACGUUUGGUUUCGACUCGGCCGUCCAGGCGGCGCAGGACGCGCUGCGGGCCGCGGACGUGGAGGCGAGCAGCGGGCUGGACGGGAUCGGGAUCGUCAAGGUCAUGGGCAAGGACUCAGGCUUCAUCGCCAGUCAGGCGAGCUUGAGUUCGGGCCUCGUGGACCUCUGCCUCAUCCCAGAAGUCCCGGCGAACCUCCACGGCCCGAACGGCGUCUUCCAGCACCUCAGGAAGAUCCUGCACGACAACGGCCACGCCGUGAUCUGCCUGUCCGAGGGCUGCGGCCCCAACUUCACGGACUCGGACUUCGAUCCAGAGCGGCGCAACAGCACGGGCGACAAGCCGGACGUCGGCGUGUGGCUGCGCAACCAGAUCAAGAAGGAGUUCCCGCAGUCGGACGUCAAGUACAUCGACCCGACCUACAUGAUCCGGUCCCAGCUGCCGUGCCCGUCGGACCACGGCGUGUGCACCGUCAUGGGCACCAACGCCGUGCACGGCGCGUUCGCGGGGUACACCAACCUGGCGGUGGGGCUCGUCAACACGCACUACGCGUUCCUGCCCAUCUCGACCAUCACGGGCACGACGCGCAAGGUCAGCACGGAGGGCAAGCUCUGGUCGCGCCUGUGCGCGUCGAUUCAGCAGCCCAACUUUGCCAUCUCGGAGUGA